CAUCAUAGGAGAUUUAAACGCUCAGGUAGGCCAGGAGGAGGAAUUCAGACCGACGAUUGGUAAGUUUAGCGCCCACCAGCAAACGAACGAAAACGGCCUACGACUCAUUGAUUUCGCCGCCUCCAAAAAUAUGGCCAUACGUAGCACCUUUUUCCAACACAGCCUCCCUUAUCGUUACACCUGGAGAUCACCACAGCAGACGGAAUCACAAAUCGACCACGUUCUGAUUGACGGACGGCACUUCUCCGACAUUAUCGACGUCAGGACCUAUCGUGGCGCCAACAUCCACUCCGACCACUAUCUGGUGAUGGUCAAACUGCGCCCAAAACUCUCCGUCAUCAACAAUGUACGGUACCGGCGACCGCCACGGUACAACCUAGAGCGACUGAAGCAACCGGAUGUCGCCUCAGCAUACGCGCAGAAUCUCGAAGCCGCGUUGCCAGACGAGGGCGAGCUCGAUGAGGCCCCUCUAGAGGACUGCUGGAGUACAGUGAAAGCAGCCAUCAACGACGCAGCCGAGAGCACCAUCGGGUACGUGGAACGGAAUCGACGAAACGAGUGGUUCGACGAAGAGUGCAGAACGGUUUUGGAGGAGAAGAACGCAGCGAGGGCGGUAAUGCUGCAGCAAGGGACUCGACAGAACGUGGAACGUUACAAACAGAAGCGGAAACAGCAGACCCGCCUCUUUCGGGAGAAAAAGCGCCGCCUGGAAGAAGCGGAGUGUGAAGAAAUGGAACUGCUGUGCCGUUCCCAAGAAACACGGAAGUUCUAUCAGAAACUCAACGCAUCCCGCAACGGCUUCGUGCCGCGAGCCGAAAUAUGCAGGGAUAAAGACGGAGGCCUCUUGACGGACGGACGUGAGGUGAUCGAAAGGUGGAAGCAGCACUUCGAUCAGCACCUGAACGGCGUGGAGAGCGUAGGCACGGAAGCCCACGGCAACGGAGGAAAUGACGACGCCAAUGCAGCGGAGGACGGAAAUGAACCAACUCCCACGCUGAGGAAAGUUAAGGAUGCCAUUCACCAGCACAAAACCAACAAAGCAGCUGGUAAGGAUGGUAUCGCAGCUGAACUCAUCAAGAUGGGCCCAGAAAAGUUGGCCACCUGUCUGCAUCGGCUGAUAGUCAGGAUCUGGGAAACCGAACAGCUACCGGAGGAGUGGAAGGAAGGGGUAAUCUGCCCCAUUCACAAGAAAGGCGACCAUUUGGAAUGUGAGAACUUCAGGGCGAUCACUAUUUUGAAUGCUGCCUACAAAGUGCUAUCCCAGAUCAUCUUCCGUCGUCUGUCACCUAAAACAAAUGAGUUCGUGGGAAGUUAUCAAGCCGGCUUCAUCGACGGCCGGUCGACAACGGACCAGAUCUUUACCGUACGGCAAAUCCUCCAGAAAUGCCGUGAAUACCAGGUCCCAACGCACCACCUGUUCAUCGACUUUAAAGCGGCAUACGAUAGUAUCGACCGCGCAGAGCUAUGGAGAAUCAUGGACGAAAACGGCUUUCCUGGGAAGCUGACUAGACUGAUUAAAGCAACGAUGGACGGUGUGCAAAACUGCGUAAGGGUUUCGGGUGAACUAUCCAGUUCAUUCGUAUCUCGCCGGGGACUGCGACAAGGUGACGGACUCUCAUGUCUACUCUUCAACAUCGCGCUGGAAGGUGUGAUGCGACGAGCCGGGCUCAACAGCCGGGGAACGAUUUUCACAAAAUCCGGUCAAUUUGUGUGCUUUGCGGACGACAUGGACAUUAUCGCUAGAACAUUUGGAACGGUGGCAGAACUGUACACCCGCCUGAAACGCGAAGCAGCAAAGGUCGGACUGGUGGUGAAUGCCUCAAAAACAAAGUACAUGCUGGUAGGCGGAACCGAACACGACCGGAUCCGUCUGGGUAGUAAUGUUACGAUAGACGGGGAUACUUUCGAGGUGGUGGAGGAAUUCGUCUACCUCGGAUCCUUACUGACGGCUGACAACAACGUGAGCCGUGAAAUUCGGAGGCGCAUCAUCAGCGGAAGUCGGGCCUACUAUGGGCUCCAGAAGAAACUGCGGUCGAAAAAGAUUCACCCACGCACCAAAUGCACCAUGUACAAAACGUUAAUAAGACCGGUAAUCCUCUACGGGCACGAGACAUGGACCAUGCUCGAGGAGGACCUACAAGCACUCGGAGUUUUCGAGCGACGCGUGCUAAGAACGAUCUUCGGCGGUGUGCAGGAGAACGGUGUGUGGCGGAGAAGGAUGAACCACGAGCUCGCUGCACUUUACGGCGAACCCAGCAUCCAGAAGGUGGCCAAAGCCGGAAGGAUACGGUGGGCAGGGCAUAUUGCCGGACAACAACCCUGCAAAGUUGGUGUUUGCUAACCAUCCGGUUGGUACAAGAAGGCGUGGGGCGCAGAGAGCACGAUGGGCGGACCAGGUGGAGCGUGAUCUGGCGAGUGUUGGGCGUGACCGACGUUGGAGAGCUGCAGCUGCAAAUCGAGUAUUAUGGCGGCAAAUUGUUGAUUCAGUAUUAUCAUGAAUUUGAUGUUAACUAAAUAAAUGA